AUGGCAAUGCCAAUACUGAAUGCGCUCUAUCGCGAUAUUGCCAUGGACUGGGAAGGGGCUUCUUCGGGGCCUCUAGAAGGCGCCGGCUUUUCAGAUGUGCCUUUCCUCAUCCACCAUCUCAUCUCUGCUCGCAUUGACGGCAGUACCGCCAACGGAGCGUCAUCCGCCAUGAACCACACCCUCUGCAAUGAACCAAGCUUAUCCGACGUACCUCUUCUUGGCUGCUGUGCCCGACGUCGACGGGUAUACAAUGCACACCAGCGGAAGCAGACCCAGAUGCAGUAUCGGGACGUUUUGAACCGUCAAUGA